AUGUGUACGAACAAAGCUGGCAAUGCCUUGUUGCCAUUAGCAACUAACAACCAAGAAGCUGUUUCACAUCAUUGCAAAGCUGAGGCCGAAUAUUGGGAGCAGGUAACAAGCUGUGCCAGGGCCAGGGGUGCAGGGACCUCCUGAAAUAGGACUAUAUUAAUAAUAUGACAUACUGAUAGGCUGGGACAGCUGAUCAUUGGCACCAUAACUACUGUGCCAGGCUGUGCCUUGUGUGAAAUCAAAGAUGGAUGCCCCCAGUGCCCAGCCACCCAUCUGCAUGGACUCUUGUCAAUCAUGGGGAAAUAAUUUUUAAUCAUUUCCAAAUGGGUCUGCGACCAUACUACUAUUUACCUGAUAAAUAGAUAUUUUCCCCCCAAUAAAUCCACUCUGUUAAUAAAGGUCCCUUUUAAUAUUAAAUGGAAAUGUUCAAUAAUGAUAGCUAAAUGAAGGCUGUGACACAGACAUAUCCAACCUUGUGUACAUGGGAGGAUAAUGUGUAUUUUCUCUCUCUGAUGGGAAUUUACCCAACAACCACGUAGAGCAAACAUUGUAGAUUAAGAGUUUGGAGUAGGUCGGAAGGUUUGGCACUAAGUGCGAGGGAUUUUGCGGAUGGGCAUUUUUGUUAUAGUGCCCCAAACGUCCUAAAGUUAAUCUAGGAUACAAUUAAACUCCCUGCAUAGGAAGCUAUGGUCUGAUCAUAACCUUUCUAGUUCUUUAAGAUAUUUAGUGAGGAAUUGGAUUUGUAUUUGGAGCUCAGAUGUUCACAGGAGUUAUCUUGGUAUCGUUUAGCAUUCCCACCGGAAAUAGGACUCUACUCCACUUGUCCAAAUACUGUUUCUGUGAAGUCCCAGUCUCUGGCCACUACUUUUGGUUGGAGAGUGGGUUGCGGCUGCAGAAGUGCAUUUCCUGAAGACACACCACUGAUACACCAAUCUUGUUCAAUUAUUGGAAUGCUAGCCGCCUCUUAUGAAGUGUCUUGAACCCCUUUGCAUUUAAUGUAAUGGAUUUAAAGGUUGCCUACACAACACGCAUAGUUUAAACGUGAUUUCUUAUUGGAUUUGUGUGGGCUUCAGCACACCCUGACGACGUCGUGUUCACUCCCCAAAAUGCACGUCGGACGUUUAUAGCUCACUUUGCGUGAACACACUCGGUAGAUGUCAAAUCGGGUGUAUUUAUGUACAAUGUCACCUAGAAUGAGAUUUCCAGCCUAGGUUUGGUGGAUCACUCACAACAUGCGACUGUACACGGUGCACUCCUAGCCAUGUCCCUUAUAAAAUACUUUUUAACUUAACCCCUAUACUACUUUUGGUCUCCCUUGGCAGUUUAGUGGCAAGAACUAUGCCUUUCUGACUCAGUGUCUCUUCUCCCUUGUGCCGUGGAUGUUCUUUAAAUACAAUAACAAUAGCUAGUCAUGAAGAGGUGACUGCAGUAUAUGCAAAAUACAGAGAGGGAGAUUCAUCAGUGUUGUAUUCUGAAAAGUAGAGGAGAAGUCAGUGGUGGAAUAUUUCUACUGAUUGCCCUAAACUUAGUACUUUGAAUCAUGUAUUCAACAUAGCACAUUGUCAACUCUACCCCAAAGUAUAGGACAGAGCCCAUUUUAAUGAAUAAUGUGCUUCAGGUGCUGUGCCACUAAAAUCAUCUGUCCCUUUAUUGUUAUUACACAGAAUGUGUCCACAUAAAUUCUGUUUCUUCUUCAUUAAGGUGAAUACAGAAAAUGAGCGGUCUCUAUGGCACAGUUGAACCCAAUGUGAUUGAUGAUCACAUGCUUAAACUUGCCGUGGAGGAACAAGGUCCAAAAGAUGAAGCCGGAUAUAUUGCCAAGAGGGAGGGUAUUGACUUCAAGGAUGUGACCAGCCUGCAUCUGGAUUUUAAAAGUAAGCCAUUCUCUACAACUUCUUAUAGAACAUAUGGCUGUAUGUUUCAUGUAUUUUAAUGACCGAUUAUUGAUGUUAUGUAAAAAGCACCAACAUGUUCCCCAGAGAUGUACAAAUGGAAAACCAAACUUAUAGCAAUGACAAUUUUAAACAAACAAGAACAAGAGGUGUCAAGGUCCUGCUAUAACAAGAUGAAUGUAACACAAAUCUUUGAGAGACUAUCUCAGGAAGCUGGAGCAUUGGUCAUUGGAUAGAAGUUCAGCUGCAGGCUUUCAGAGAUGCAGGAAUGACCAACCGGGCCUUUCAUCUUUCCUAAGUUAACACAUGAAUACCAUUAAGCUGGAAGACAAUAUCAGAUAGAAUCCAGAAAGUAUUGAAAAAAGCUAAAUAAUAAUACAGUAUGUGAUGAUAAGAAUCUUUUCCAGAUUACGACUUUUCAUGAUAUACCUAUAAAGAACAUACUGUGUGUAAAUAUGGCAUUACAUAUAUAGACCGUACCUAUAUAGCCACCUCACGUAUGGUAGAAUCCUGAAUUUACUCUUUCUUCGGCUCCUACCCAUGUUUUUCAGACUCCUUUAUGACUCCAGUAGACUUUUCCCUAACCAUUUCCAUAUGGUGCGGUUCAUCAGACCCCAUUACUUUAAUCCUUCCUUCUCACCAAUUAUUAUUUAUAAAGCACCAACAAAUUCCAUAGCGCUGUACAAUUUGUGGACUAAAAGAAAAGUAUUUGUAAUAAGACAAGUUGGAUGCACUGGAACAGAGGGUGUUACUCAAACUAGCUUACAAUAGACCCUGAGCUCUACUUGUCCUCUCCCAUAUCCUACGUAUCACUAUUCAUUACGAUGUUCGCAUCCUUGCCUCUCCUGCAGUUGUUAGCGUAAAUUCCCAUAAUCCUUUGCCAGGAAAUUGGCUGCGUAAGAAUCAUGAGAAGUGUAGUGUGAAUAACAAAUGGAGAACCAAGGUUAGAUCACCUUUUUUUGUCUUAGAAAACCAAUGUAUGAAAGGCGAUGAAAUGACACAAACAUGUGCUUUCUUAAUCAACCCAUUCUGCUUACUCUGUAACUGUGUUCUAGAUAUCCAGAGGAUUGAUAACCUAUGGCACUUUCCAAUUCUAACAAAAUUACAGCUAGACAACAACAUUAUUGAGAGGAUUGAAGGAUUGGACACCUUGGUGAAUUUAACUUGGCUUGGUGAGAUUCUGAGGCAUUUUGGGUUCAAGAUGUUACAGCGCUGCGUAAGGUUAAAUGUUACGAAGAAUAGCUGAGGCCUUAUCACUUCUCAUAGAAUUGCAACUUUAUAAAAUGUUACCAGCUUUUAUACCUACCUGAAAUUGGUGCGUUCAUCUAUAUUGGCUUUUCCCUCUGAAUAAGGAUUAUUCUGCUCUUUUUAAAUGCCAUAGCAACCGAUCCUUGAAUAUAAAAAAAAUACACUACAGCUUUUACCUGUGUCAGAGUCUGUUUUACUGGCCAGUCGAAUACUCUAAACACUAAGUAAUCCACGUCAUCAGAAUGUGGCUGUGCUGUAUUGUUCUGAUUUAUUUAUAUCCUUGCAGAUUUGUCAUUUAACAAUAUCGAAGUGAUCAGUGGCCUUGAUGCCUUGACUAAAUUGGAAGAUCUCAGCUUGUACAAUAAUAGGAUAUCUGUGAUCGAGAACAUUGGCCAUCUGAAAAACCUCCAAGUCUUGUCCCUGGGCAACAACAACUUGUCCUCCCUGGAAAAUGUAAGCCUGCAACAGGUGGAAAAUGUGGAGUUUGUGUAUAGAUCAUGCCCCUGCAGUCUGCUCAUUUCUCUACCAUUGAGGAGUUAAAUAAUUUUUUUACUGUUUAUGCAGACCUAGUCACACCUUCCCUGGCUGUGACUCAUGCAGCCCGCAUGAAAAUAAGGGUUUCAUUGUCAGUCAGACAUUAAUUUCCUUUAGACGUUUUUAUCUCCUGCUCUGUAUGUUGAACUUUAAUCACACAUAGGAUACUCCUGAAGGGUCUAUCAAGCUAUUAACAGUGCAGAAGAUAAAUUCUAAAUUAAACAGACUGUGCAAUAAAGGAAGUGUAAACAUUAGAUCUAUCUUUACAGGAAGUAUUUAGGAAGGCUGUGUAAGUCGCAUGCAGGGAGGUGUGACUAGGGCAGCAUAAACAAAGUUAUUUAACUCCUAAAUGGCAGAGAAUUGAGCAGUGAGACUGCAGGGGCAUGAUCUAUACACUAAAACUGCUUCAUUGAGCUAAAGUUGUUUUAGUGACUAUAGUGUCCCUUUAAUGUUCUUUUUUUUUUUUUUACAAAACAGUUAAUUGUGAGAAAUUGAAAAAUUCAUUAUAACAUUUAUGCCUAAGUAAAUGAAUAGGAAAAUAAAUUUUUUUCAACUCACUGUUAAGUAAAUAGCGCCCAGAUUGGCCACUAAGCUGAAAGCAGGUACAUGUAUGUUACCCAAUUUCUUUUCCCCUGCACACCAGCUCAUCUACCUGCGAAGGUUCAAGGCGUUGCGGUCAUUAAGUUUAAAUGGAAAUCCGCUGUCAGAAGACGAACAAUACAAAAUGUUCAUUGCUGCUCAUCUUCCAGAUCUAGUGUAUUUGGAUUUCAGACUACUGGACGAGAACAUCGUAAGUUAAAAGAGUAACAUUAAAAACCUCCUUCUUCAUAAAAGUGUAUCAACGAAACUGUUAAUACCUCCCGACCGAUUCCUCUCUUGGAACUGUCAUUAGUCUAAUACUAUCCUUACCUUUUUGUGUUAUUUUACCCCACUCCCUCUAGCAUGUAAGCCCAUUGAGCAGGGCCCUCAACCCCUCUGUUCCUGUGUCCAACUUGUCUGGAUACAACUACAUGUGUGUUCGUCCACCCACUGUAAAGCGCUGCGGAAUUUGUUGGCGCUAUAUAAAUAGUAACAAUAAUGUGAGAAAUAUCAGCUACUUUGAAAGCUAAUGUUGCAACAUUUGAAGAUGAUUUCAUUUGUAAGAUCUUGUAUCAUAGGGAGACAUUAAUAACCGCCGUCUUGUAUGAUAGAGACACGAACCAUGUCCAUCUUUAAUCACAGAGAGAAAUUGCCAACGUGAAGUUCCAAUAUUCCAUUGAGGAGCUGAGUCAAAACGAGAAACUGGAACAGGUCAAGCAAGAUAAAGAGGAACAAAAACGUCGGGAGUUGGAUUCACACAAGGUACACUGUAACACUCGCCAUGACAUGUUAAAUCUCCCCUGUGCAUGAUCCGACGGGGAAUCUAGCAUUAUAUAAAAAUCAUCCACAUUUGCCCUAAUAUUUACAUGCAACAAAAUUCCUCAAGAAUAGUUUGAUCACUGUCAAAUUGUGCCUUAGGUGGAGAAGAACUUCUUUUUAAACAUGGAUGCUAACUGUAUCACAGUCAUAGCAUUUAACUUACGUUAACAAUGAAAUAUAAAUUCCCAAUGCCUUUUGAUCUAUCAGUUUGGAUAAUGCUGUCUAUAGAUCAAAUUAGUUCUCUUUAACCUCUUAAGGACACAUGACAUGUGUGACAUGUCAUGAUUCCCUUUUAUUCUAGAAGUUUGGUCCUUAAGGGGUUAAAGCAAUCCUAAAGCACAUUUAAAUAACUAGUGUAUGUGAUUUAUCUGUAGCCACAUAAAUUGGGUGUCUGGUAGUGUUAAAGUCAUUGUAUUCAUCUCUCUGUCUAUACAUCUAUUUUUUUUAUGGUUUAGGCUGCCUAUGUUGAAUUCCUGAAUGGCCCAUUCUUUUUUGAAAGCAUAUAUGCGGAAGAUGUAGAAGGUUUGAAGAUAGCCAGCCUUCCAGGUGUAGCGGAAUUAGUGGACUUAUAUCCUUUGUUAAAGAUGUUUGUUGCAACUUGAUGAAAAUCAGAAAUUUACCGAACAAUUAAUUGUAAUGAAUGAAUGAAUCUCUCUUUCUCGUGAUUAUCUAAGAAAAAUCAGAAUGUUAUAUAGCUAACAUUUUAAUAGUGUUCGAGGAAUUAAGGUCCAUGGUGUUGAAGUCAUAUACUUUCGUAAUAAUAUGAAGAUGGAAGAUUUUACUAAAUAAAAACCAAAACAACAUUUUGUUUGAAAAUGUUGAUGAAAUAAAUGCCAGAUCCAGUUUAUGAUCAGAUUUUCCAAAGAUAACAUGAAUUAAGAGAAGUGUUGAAGAGUUUUUGUGAAAGCGCUUUGUACUACUUACCCUUUAAUCAAUGAAAGUUUCACGCUUUCUGCCAAGUAUUACUCUUGAACUCUCGUUUCAUGCAUUAGGUGUGUCUGUUAUAUCUUCAUCUAUACAAAACUCUAUAUGGCUUGAAGGCUGCACAGUCUCUUAUCUCGUUUUCUUCUUCAGUCCUGGAAAUUGGUGGCACCGGGUUAUGACAUCAUAUUCCAGCAACAAGUCCACCACUGACACGUCUGGUUUUUAAUGUAACCAUGAACCUUGUUUACAUUUUCACACAGUUUUUUUUGUUUUGUUUUUUUACAUAUUAUCACUGUUCUCACUAAGAACCAAUUUACUUUCAUGCGGGUGCAACACUGAAAUGUAAAGAAACUGAUCACAAAGUAAUGCAAACAGCUGUGAUCCCCCCCAAUAAAGCUGGACUUUUACCUACUGAUCCUCUCCCAUAAAUUAUCUCGAAGGGAACACAGUGUAUAUCUCAAUGUGUGUUUUCUUGGUUUUCUGAUUGUCAUUGAACAUUCGUUGUCAUUUGUAGCUAUGGCUUAUCUAGUCUACUUUACACACAAGGACCUGGGUCACCUGUCGUCUUUGGGGAAUUACAUGCUGUGAACAAAGUUUGGAUUCCUUAACCCAUUUCUUACAUACAGGACUAAAUGCACAGCAGUUUGCCAGGCCAUUUUUGAUUACGGCAUUAAACAUCAUGGGGUGCGGACGGCAGAGGAGGCCCUUUUUAAUGAAUGUCUGCAGGAGGCAGUUUGUGAAAACCAGACGAUGGGAGUUAAGAAAAUCAAAGAGUUUGAGGAAAAGAACUCUGAGGUAUGGGAUGGCAUAGAGCUAUGAUGGCUAAUCUUCAAACACUGGAUUGUGAAAAACUGGGAUAGAGACUGUGAGAUUCUGAAAUGAGGCCAAGAGCCACUGUCUUACUUUAUCCAAGUCUAUGAUAUAAAAGCUGUAUUUACAUGGCAUUUCAUCUGCUCUGUUAUGUUCAUUUACAGGUUCUCAAUGAACUGACCCACAUCACUGACCAACAGAAGAUCGAUGAUACAAUCUUCCAGUAUAAUCAGGACAUUAACCAGCUGUCGGAAUCCUUGCUGGCUCUGGAGCUGCAGCUAGUGAAACAAAUAGAGGUAAGACGAGACCGUGUACCCUUGUGUGACAGCGCUAGUUGCUCUUUUCUGUAUUCGUAAUUAUAAAAAAUAUAUUUUCUCUCUGGACAGGACAUCACCAAGGAUUAUGAAAGAAAUAUCACUGAUAUGACCUCAACUUUCCUGGAAACUAUACAAGGCUUAUAUCCUUUCUUUGCUUUAUAGAAUUGUUUUGUAAGAUAUAGAAAUACACACACAACAUUAGUCACUAAAGUAUGAACUGCCAGGAAGUCAAUGUAAAUGUACAAUUGUAGGCCAAAAUAGGCAAACUGCAAACAUGUCUGACUUGGAAUAUAUUUUUCCAAUUUGACUAUUGUGGGCUAAAAUGUCAAAGUCAAUUUAACUUUUAGGCCAAAAUUGCUGAAUUAAAAAAAAUGUCUUAUUCGGCUAUUUUUAGAUUGGUUUAGAUUUGUAAAUCCUUUGACAUUUCUUGAGACUUCCCAGUUUAGUGUGUUGAGGCUAAAUAAUUCUAUUUGGUGAUCACCAAAAUACAUAUAGAUAUGUACUGAAAAUUUAUUUUAAUACCCGUGACCAGGCUUAUUUUUCUGUACGUAGCCCAGGUUUAGGUUGCACAAUGUGUCUAGUGUUAGAGAAAGGGUAAGAUAUAACUUAGAUACCCAAUGAUUUAAUACAUUUUGUGAGCUAUAACAUGCUUCCAGAACACAAGCUUUAAAGGCUUUUUCUUACUCUAGAUGUAUGGAUAGUUCUUACAGUGCAUUAUCAACCCUCAGUGUCACCCACACACUUUAUUUCAGUCCCUUAACCUCCACCUUUACCAUGACGCAAAUCCGAGACAUGGAGAAUGAACAUCACGAGAAGCUCCAAGAGAUUGGUAUCAACUUGCUGGAGAGGGUUAUCAAGGGAGAGAUGGACGAGGACAUGGCCGAUGAUCUCAGAGCGGUAUGUCCCUCACUCCCAACUCAGUCACCUAUUUGACUAGUUUAAAUGAUAUAGUUUUAAAAGUGGUGCAAUCACCGUGAAUAUUCCAGCUAAUUGAUCCACCAUUAGAAUGUUGCCUUAAAGGACCACUCUAGGCACCCAGACCACUUCAGUUUAAUGAAGUAGUCUGGGUGCCAGGUCCUUCUAGGGUUAACCCAUUUUUUCAUAAUUAUAGCAGUUUCAGAGAAACUGCUAUAAUUAUGAAUGGGUUAAGCCUUCCCCCUAAUCCUCUAGUGGCUGUCUCAUUGACGGCCACUAGAGGCGCUUGCGUGCUUCUCACUGUGAAAAUCACAGUGAGAGCACGCCAGCGUCCAUAGGAAAGCAUUGUAAAUGCUUUCCUAUGAGACCGGCUGAAUGCGCGCGCAGCUCUUGCUGCGCGUGCGCAUUCAGCCGGCGGGGCGUAACGGAGGCGGAGAGUAGGAGGAGAGCUCUCCGCCCAGCGCUGGAAAAAGGUAAGUUUAAACCCCUUUCCAGAGCCGGGCGGGAGGGGGUCCCUGAGGGUGGGGGAAAACGAGUAUGUUUUCCUGGCACUAUAGUGGUCCUUUAAAACUGCUCUUAAUAUAAGUCUAUAUUCAUUAUUAUCAAAUAACAUCUUAAUCUUAGAGGGAGCCACUUGAAUGCAUUAUGUAUAUACUGCAAUAGAAAAAACAGAAGCAGCUGGCAAAUCCCGGACAAGAAAAAGGCUCCAUCAGUCAACCACCUCUUCCAUAAAACCUCCAUACAUCAGAGGUUUAUGGGAUAUGUAGUUCAGUCACUGGCUGCCGUUCCAUUCAGGAUCUAAUGUGUAGAGGAAGCAGUUCCUGCUAGAGUCAAAUGGGAGGCUUGUGCUGGGUACAUAUGUUACUAACUAGUAGCACGUUGCUAAUUAUUCCUAAAUACUGAUCUAAAUAUCUGACACCCAUAUUUACUGUCUUGGCAGCUUUUUGCUGAUAAGGAUACAAUCAUGAAUGCAUUAAGUUCCUCCCACGAAAUCCACUUGCUGAAAAUCGAUAAUCGUGAAGACGAUAUUGUUACUAAAAUCAACAACUGGUCAACUAGCCUUAGCACAAAGGUAAGAAGCCUUGGGAUCCGGAUUCCAACUCCUAAAAACUUAACUGGCACACGUGCUCUCUUUUUCUCCUUUUUAACUUCUUCUGUUCCUUAUCCUUUAUUGAACAAAAAAAUAAUAUAUUAUUAUACCUGAAAGCUUGUUAUUGGGCACAGGGGCAUGUGAGAGGGAACAAGUCCCUGUGUCCAACAACAUCUCACCCUUCUAACCAGCGAGCCCUUGUGCCCAUAAAUCUUGUCUUCGUAGUGAGGAACAUCCAAUUGUCUUACCAGAAAGUUAAUCUCCCACAAACCUAUGCUCAGAUUAGGUUACGUGAAAUGAAGUCCAACAUUCCCAUCACAGCUUCUUUUAGCUUCCUGAAUAGCUUCAUUCAUGUUUUUUUAUGAAUGAAACUAAUCUUGAAAAUGCAUGUGUGUAAAUGUGGGUCUGUAGAGACCCUUCACAAAUCACAGAAUUUCUGCAGCAACACGGUUAAAAUAAGGAAAGCAAUCUAUCCACCAAUGCAACAAAGAUGGAUGUGUUGGAAAAGUAAGAGAUAGGGACUUUAUCUGUGGUACUGGCUAAUUAAAUUCUUAAUUGAUCAAAUUCUUUGUAUCAUGUUCCCCAAGGUGCAUAAAGAUGAACUGCUAAGAAAUCGCAAGCGAGUGGCUGAAAUCAACAAGUUCAUGGAUCACCUGCAUGACGAGUUGGACAAUCUAGAAAUUCAUGAUCAGAUAUGACCACUAGCACGGUCACCCAUUGCCAGUACGUGCUAAUUAUCCCUGCAGGGCUGGAAACAAAUGGAAGGGACUUGGAAACCUUCUCAGUAAAAAGAAGGUGGUUUAUGGUUUUAUAGACUGAUGUUUUCUGCUGCCAAAGAUCUGCAUUAAAAGCUUUUAUGCAGGAUUAUUAAUGAUCUGUAUUCACCAUCACAUUCUGGAAGGGCAAAGGGCAAGCAGGAUGAAACUCAACUGAUGCAUUUGAUCAGACAAUUUCUAUAAAGAGUUUUCUAUAAAUAAAUACACAGUUUCAAUGAUGUUCAUUAUUCUUAGUAUUGCAAAUCAAAUUAUUACAAUACUCAAAGACUGUUAUAUUUAGGUUACACAGUGAUAUAGCUCAUGUUAUAUUAUUUAUUAGUAUGGUAUUACAGGACCAGCUGCACCUGUAAUCAGUAUCUUUCCCUAUGCUGUUUGUGUUUAUCCGUGUUUUUACAUCUAAAACGGACAUUACUGGCAUUUGUCAGUGCAGGAUGCAUGCAUCAAUUAAGCCACUAUUCUUGCUACUCGGAUCAGCAUAAUAUUCUAAUAUUUGUGAAACACAAGUAAGGUAGAAAGACUCAAAUGUAAAGAGAGUAUACGAUGCUUUGAAAUGAUUCAAGUGCUUUAAAGCAAAGUUGUACCUGAUAGAGAAACAUAUCAAUCUAAAAGUGGCCAAAAGGUAGAUCCACUACUUUUGUUAAACUGGAAAUACUACAGGGGUGUCUUCCUUUUGAUUAACCUUGGAUAAAUCAACUUCCUUAUCGAACAGCACAGAUUCCUCUCCCUUGCUCAUGUUCACAAGCUUAAAAUGCGUUUAAAGUGAGGAUAUGGUUGUGUCAGAGUUUGCAAUGGCUGUUGCUUGUGUGUGUUCCAUAGACAAAAUUCCUAUCAGUCACUAGAAACUCUUACAGAUUGCGUACUUGCAAGAACUCUACAAAAUGAGUUUUUCUUUUGUUGUAGUUAAUUUGGAAUGUCCUUUUAAAAGGGUAGAAUGUGUGGCAUUUCCAUUGUUCGUGAGACAAAGCACAGGGCAUAAAUAUUUUUGAAAUAUCACAAGGGCAGAAUAAUUAAUUAUAUCUUACAAAACUAUUCACUUUACCAGGAAUUGCUGAGAAUUGAUAUAAGUACCUACCAAUUUUAUUGCAGUUUAGUGAAUACACCCCUAUAUGUAAAUCUUUGUUUAUCUCAAAAGGUCACUCCGAACUCUGAUCUGCAGUACCAACAUUCUGGAACCAAAAUAGUGACUUUGUUUCCCACAGUAAAGCGCGUUUGCCUUCAGUUCAUUAAAGGUAUGGCACAAACAGAGUUUACCAAGUGCAGAUUACCCAUAAAGGUGCAAUGAAUAAUCAGUUGUAUUUUGUCACCUUUUAAUUUUGUUGGGAUGUUCAAUAAAUGCAAUCCAGGACAGGAAUAGAAAGAUCCUUGAUUGGCCAGUGUUCUUAAUAUCAACCAUUAUGGCCGAGCAAUGUUGAUGAUUACAGCUUUUCGCUGUAAUCAUAAUGAUUCACAGUGCACACCUAGAAAUCACUUACUAGGAUUGCACCAUUUUAAAUUAUGUAACAAAAUUAUGUUUUCAAUAGUUUCCACCAGUGAAUUAGAGUCACUGUCAGGAGGCCCUGGAGGGUAGUACGAUCUCAGUUGCAUGUGUAGAUAUCCCAGCAUGGAGUUAGUCUUGCAGGAGUUUGUGUUUGACAGUCGAGCUUUCUGAGCAGAGGUGAACAAACAGGACGCCUGCGGCUGUGCGAGCACUCAAUUCUUGCAGGUCAUAUUCGUGAACCCACUCUACGUUUCCCCACUGCCCGAUCUG